AGUGGAGAGUGAUUUAAUUAAAGAAAAAAGUUUGUAAGAUUGAAAAGGGAAUAAAGAAGAAAAAUGUCAGGUUGCUACAGAGUUUGUGUUACCGGAGGGUCUGGCUAUGUAGCUGCUUCCCUCGUUAAAACCCUUCUUCAAAACGGCCAUAUCGUCCAUACAACUCUACGAAACUUGGAUGAUGAAUCAAAGGUUGGAAUUUUAAAGAGCCUCCCAAAUGCAACCACCAAUUUGGUGUUGUUUGAAGCUGAUAUUUACAAACCCCAUCAAUUUGAAGCUGCCAUUACAGGCACUCACUUUGUUUUCCAUCUCGCUACUCCUUUACGUCACACCCAUGGAUCUCAGUAUGAGAACACGACUGAAGCAUCAGUUACAGCCACGAAGAUGAUAGCCAAAUUUUGUGUGGAAUCGGGAACGGUGAGGCGGUUGAUCUACACGGCCUCCAUGGUGUCGAUGUCACCGAUGAAAGAGGACGGGAGUGGUUUCAAGGAGUUCGUUGAUGAAAGCUGUUGGACCCCUCUUAAUCUUUCAUAUCCUUUUUCUGACUCAUUUCUACAGGAAUACUUGGAAUCAAAGACGAGAACAGAAAAAGAGUUGCUUAAGUUUGGAGAGAGUGAGGAAUCAGAAAGGUUGGAAGUGGUUUCGUUGGUGUGCGGCCUUGUCGUUGGGGAGUCUCCUCAUCCUUCUUCUAUUCUAAGCACCAUGGUCACAUUCUCUCAGUUCAUUGACGAAAGUGAACUCUUCAAAUAUUUUAGAUUUCUUGAAGAAUUGGAGGGUAAAGUUACACUCAUACAUAUUAAUGAUGUUUGUGAUGCCCACAUUUUCUGUAUGGAACAAAGCUCAAUCGAUGGCAGGUUCUUGUGUGCUAGUUCCUUCUUGUCUUCUUCGGAUAUUGUCAAUUACUACCGUCUUCACCAUCCUCAGUUGAAACAAAAGCACGGGGUAUCAGAGGAAGUUCCCCACAGAAACAUCAAUAUGAACUCCAAUAAGCUUAUUGAGAGAGGUUUCAUAUAUAAAUACGAUGGUGAUAUGAUACUUGAGGAUGCUUUCCGUUGCUGCAAAAACCAAAUUUCCUAGAUUAAUUAUAUACAUUAUUGUUUCAAUGAAGCUGCUCUAAUGUACCUGCUAAGUGGUCACCGGUAGCCAUUUGUUUGGUUGGCCCAUCAUAUGGCUACGACAAUCCUCCUGCAAUGGUUAAAAAGAACUAUAUAUAUAUAUGCUUUAUUAAUAAAUUUAUUAGAUACAUAUAUCCAAUCCAA